AGGCAUGCAGAUUGGUACUGAGAGGGAGGAGAAAGAGAUCAGGGCAGAAGAGGAAGAAGAGACCCAGCACAUUGCGGGGUUCGGUCGAGAGAGGCAUGACAUACGGACCGUAGAGAAACCCACCACACUGACCCUCACAGUGCGCCUUGAGGAGAAAAACAAGCAGCGCGUCACAUCUAGAAGAUCCCUGCUGCGCGAGCACAACUGUCGCGGUGCAGAUCGAACGUCGACCACCACCCAACUAUUCUCCUCGUGCAUCUCCCGUUAGCAGUUCUCUCUGGACGGACCGGCUCUGCCUGGCUGUGUGGAGCCAUGCCACCAUGCCGUUACCGAAUCGGUGCCCUGCCAGCGCUGCUCUGUCUCUGUAUCGGUAUGAUUUGGACCGGCGUCGCGGCAGAAACACAAGCUGAGAUCGACACCACACCUCCACCUUCCUCCCCCUCCCCCUCUCCAGCCAUAGGGAACACAGACAGAAACUCACCCAGGGGGAGAGGGCCCGAGGCUGGGUUAGGGCCCAGGGUGGGAAGAGGGCCCGAGGCUGGAUUAGGGCCCGGGGUGGGGAUGAGUGCCGCUGGUGAUCUGCUAGAGUCAGUCCUGGCUCAGAAGGAUCAUCUCUUCUCCCAGACAGGGGGAAUGGUCCUGCCCUCCGCUCUGCCCCAGGACCUGCUGCCUCUCCUGGGGAGAGAAAUGAGCACAGGGGGCCUGUCUGGAGGUCUGUCUCUGGAUCAACAGGGUCUGUUGAAGAGGAUACAACCCCCAGUUUCACAACCCCACGACAGCGGAUCACCCCUCCCUUCACAGCUCUCCCAGCCCGACAGCAACCCCCUCACCUCCUCCUCUCAGCCCGUGACACACACACCGCCGGGACAGCGAGAUGAGGUCACCACUAUCGUCACGGCGACCGUGGACGCAGACACAGACAUGGAUGCAGAAACACCUUCACCGGCUGUGUCUGGCUGUAUGGUGAAUUUCUCCGACCCCGAGGGAUACAUAGACUCUUCUGAUGACCCCCCCCUCCCAGAUGGAACAUUCCUACACUGUACAUACACCGUCACUGUGUACACAGGCUAUGGAGUCGAGCUACAGGUGAAGAGUGUGAAUCUGUCAGAGGGAGAGCAGCUGUCAAUCAGAGGGGUGGAUGAGGGCGGGGCCUUGCUGGUUCUGGCCAAUCACACACUGCUGGUGGAGGGUCAGGUGAUCCGAAGUCCGACCAAUACCAUCUCAGUAUACUACCGCUCCUCGCCUGAGGGGAGCAUAGGCAUGUUCCAGCUACACUACCAAAUAUUCCGUCUGAGCUGUGCCCUGCCGAGGAGGCCUCACUUUGGGGAGGUGUCCGUGCUGGACUUGCUGCCAGGGGGCACUGCCCGCUUCCACUGCCAUAUGGGCUACCACCUGCAGGGGGCAGUGGCACUCACCUGUCUCAACACAUCUAUGCCUGUCUGGAGCAGCAAGGAGCCAAGCUGUAGAGCGCUGUGUGGAGGGUCAGUGAAAAAUGCUACAGUAGGGAGAAUCUUGUCCCCCUCUCCCCGCCUGGGUCCUACCACCACCCAUGACCGCUCCUGCUCCUGGUCCCUGGAGGCCCCCACUGCACAGAGACUACACCUGCACCUGGAGAGACUGGUCCUCGAACCCACUGACAGACUUGUGUUAUGGAGCGGUCUGGAUGCUGGGUCUGUGGUGCUGUUUGACUCUGGGCGGGGUGGUCCAAUACCAUUUGAAGGGGUGAUCAGUGAGGGUCCAGCAGUCAGGGUUCAGUUCAUCACAGACCAACCUAACCACAAUACAGGCUUCAACAUCCGUUAUGAGGCUUUUGAGCGUGGGCACUGUUAUGAGCCCUACCUGCAGAAUGGUAACUUCAGCACCACUGACCAGGUCUAUGGGGUUGGAGCUGUGGUGCAGUUCAGCUGUGAUCCUGGUCACUCUCUGGAGCAGGGGCCGCCCAUCAUAGAGUGUAUCAAUGCCAGAGACCCCUACUGGAACGACACGGAACCACUCUGCAAAGCUCUGUGUGGGGGGGACCUGGCAGGUCCAGUGGGUGUUAUCCUGUCUCCUAACUGGCCAGAGUGGUAUGGAGAGGGAGAGGACUGCAGCUGGAGGAUACAUGUAGAGGAGGACAAGCGCGUGCUGCUCAACGUACAGCUACUCUUACGCCAUUACCUCACACUGACGGAGGAAUCUGUUUCCUGUGAGAACCCUGGUCUUCCUGACAACGGGUACCAGGUCCUGUCCAAGCGUCUCUACCUGCCCGGCGAGUCGCUCACCUUUGUCUGUUACCAAGGUUAUGAGCUCAUCGGCGAAGUCGCCAUCAAGUGUAUCCUGGGAAAUCCGUCAUUUUGGAGCGGACCACUCCCUCUGUGCAGGGCCAACCAUGACUGCUUUGGCAACCAUGCUUUGGAAGUUGCGGAAGCAGCUGCCGGGUCAGGUCUGGAUGGAGGUAACAUGGCAUUGGCUAUCUUCAUCCUUGUACUUUUGCUCUCCGUGCUGCUGGGAGGAGCCUAUGUCUACGUCACACGGUGUCGCUACAACUCCAACCUGCGGCUGCCACUCAUCCACCCACACCCCUACAGCCAGAUCACAGUGGAGAGCGAGUUUGACAACCCACUCUACGAGACAGGAGGGGACACCCGUGAAUAUGAGGUAUCAAUAUGAUGACUUUCUCAACUGUCAGAAUCCCAAAAUGAAGAAGCUUCCACCCACCCAACCAAACCCACUCCCUACCCUUUCUCCUCCUCAGCCCCACCCAAAAGGAAGUGAUGUAAAUACAGACUGACUAUAGAUCUGCCCCUUCCCCCCAUGACCCUGUCCUCCAAUCACAGAAAGAGGAAACAGCGAGAGGGAAGAUGAGUAGGAAAAGGAAUGGAGAGGAGAGGAGAGGAGAGGAGAGGAGAGGAGAGGAGAGGAGAGGAGGAGAAAAUAGGAGGACAGGAGAUACUGGGUGUUUCUCAACAUUCUUACUACCAUUCUCUGAGCAUGGUUGGAGUAUGAGUCCAAAUCAAAGUAUGCGAAAUGGGUUGCGUAAUUUGCUUGUAAACAUUUCGAAGUGUGCAUCAACGCAAGCUUCAACUGAAAUAUUCCCAGGAUUGUGGACGCAAUCACAUAAAAAACAACGCAACAUUUCUUGAAAUCAAUGGCGGCUGGUUUUGAGCUGAACCGAGAGAAAAUGAACUCCGACUUUGGAAUGAAAAGUUGCCCACUCACAUCUCAUAUGUUGCCUGACUACAAUAUUUGAUCUUGAUCUUGUUCAUUUUGACAUAUUUAACUGCCUAGAAUAUCCACUGUAGUAGUGUGCAUAGACUGCAGGCUAACUGAUGAAGAAUUGGUAGCUAACUUUAGCUAGCUACUGUUAUCCACAAAGAAUUCAUAGCUAAUGUUGGCCAUCCACCCUUCAUAACAUUUAGUUUUAGGUUGUUGUUUUUUUGUACAACUAGCUGGCUAGCUAGAUUAAUCCGAUUCACAUAUAGCUAGCUGAUAAUUACAAGCUUGGGUUUGCUUUAUGUAGUUCGUGUUUUGUCUGUAUUGGUCAAAGUUAAUACAAUAGAACGGGAGUGCGCAGUGCUUCUCAAAUGUACAUUUGUAUGCAUUCUCCACACUCUCGUCCUCACAAGAAUGUACUCAAGAGAACGUCCUCGGAGAACUAACUCUGAGCAUGAGAGUGUGGAGCAUGGCAUCAGCAUAUUGAGAAACACCCACUGUGAACAGGGCUGCAGGCGUUGGGAGAUAAAGAGACAAACACUAUUUACUCAUGUGUCUACUAUUAGCUAUCAAAUACAGGGACAGAGGGAGGGACAGAGGGGAAGGAAUAGGUGGGGAGAGAGGGAGACAGAAGGAGGAUGAUGGGUGAGAGGUAUGGAAGGGGUGGCAGAGAGAGGAGAGGAUAGAAGCAAAGGGAACUAAAGUAUUGGUACAUGAAUGGGGUCUAUUGAGAUGUAAAACGUAGGGGUAUAUUGGCACCUUAGAAUCUGACAGAGGAAGUGAGGUUACUAUCUCUUCCUGUCUGGGUCCCAUCUUCCUGCAUUUCUAAGGCCUUGUCUUAGAACAGUUUGUAGUACUGGUUUUACCAUAGUAACUGACCUUCCAUGUGCAAGCUCAACCAACCAACCAUAACUACAGCAGAAAAGACCGGCACCAGAUUAUGUAUUUAUUUUUGAUGUAAAUGUGAUGUUUUUUGCAGAUUAAUUCAUGUACAUUUUCAUUUUGAGAAUAAAAAAAUAAAAUCUGUACCAUGUUACUGAUUUCCUGAAAUAAAUGGUCAAAUAAAAAGUAUAAUAGAAUCUUUCUAAAAACACUU